CCUACAUACACAGGUGUAUACAUAACCUCAAAACCUUUGUUUUUAAUAUUUUUACGUGCAUUCAAAACCAAUUUAAAAGCCGAUUUGUACGAGACUGUUGCAGAAUUUUCAAAAAUCGCCUUUUUGCAGCACUUUGGUCGCUCAGUAUAAACAACGAAGCCACUUUUGUGGCACUCGAGCGUCCGACGUUUGAGGUUAUGUCACCACUUUACUAACAAAUAAAAAAAUGUGGGUGAUUUUGCAUCAACAUGAAAUAAAUCACAAUGUUAUUUAUGGAUAACUGAACCCAUAACUCAUGUCCAGCCACGUCGAACGCCGCCCCCCAUCUCCCGCCCCCUUCAAUUGUGAAAAUAGCAACAUCGAGACCUUCUGGUGCAAAUUCUGCGACUUUUCCACCAAACUCACUAUCUUCCUCAAGAGACACAUCACCCGAAAACACACCCAGCUCAAAAAACUCAAGUGCCAAAUCCAGUGGUACACCUGUGAGAAGUGCACAUACGAAACUCACGUUGCCAUGAAGUGGUUCCGGCACACCGUGGCAUGUUUCAGAAGCGAAGACAGCGUCCAGUUGAAAAGCCACAACGUCAAAUGGCACCAGUGUGAGUAUUGUCCAUACAAAGCUAAACUAAUGUGUAACUUAAAAAGCCACAUUAACUGUCGCCAUUUGGAUAAAGACCACGUUAAAUGGUACAAGUGUGCCAAGUGUUCAUUCAAAGCCAAGCGCAAAUCGUCGCUGAACCGCCACAUGAGCGAGCGGCACUCAGACGAAAAAGACAUUAAAUGGCACCAGUGCCAGGACUGUCCGUACAAAGCCAAACGGCACGCGGAUUUGAAAAAACACGUGAAUUUGCAGCACCUAGACGAAACUAAUAUUAAAUGGCACCAGUGCCAGAGUUGUUCAUACAAAACCAAACUCGUCUACAAUUUAAAAAGCCACAUCAACUCGCAGCAUCUAGACACCGAUGUUAAAUGGCACGUGUGUAAAGAGUGUCCGUUUAAAGCCAAACACCGGUCGUCGCUGAACAGACACAUCAUAAUGCGGCACUUGGACGAGAAAGAUAUUAAAUGGUACGAGUGUGACCAGUGCCAAUACCGUGCCAAGAAGAACUCGGACUUGAAGAAACACGUUAUGGUACAGCAUUUGGACGACGGCGAUGUUAAAUGGUACGAGUGUAGGGAUUGCCCCUACAGGACUAAAACUAAUUCGCAUUUGAAAAAUCACAUAAAUGCGCGGCAUUUGAAAGAACAGGAUAUUAAAUGGCACGAGUGUAAGGAGUGUGCGUACAAAGCUAAGACGCCGUCGGAUUUAAAAAGGCAUGUGAAUUCGCGGCACGUGCGUAAGCAGGAUAUUAAAUGGCACAAUUGCGAGAUGUGUUUGUAUAAAGCUAAGGAUAAGUGUAAUUUGAAAAAGCAUGUACAUUCGAGGCAUUUGGAUGGGCCGGAGGUUAAAUGGUAUGAGUGUAAGUCGUGUUCGUAUAAAAGUAAAAUGAAGUGGUAUUUGAAAAUACAUGAAGAGAAAAUGCAUUCGUUGGAGAUUUGUUAAAAAUUUGUGAAAAGUGGAAAUUUUUUUAUUCUUCCCCUAUAGAAGUUGUGACUUUAUUUCACAAAACUCGUGCAAUAUUUGUUAAAUAUACG